AUGGUUGGCCACAAAAAGAAGUGGAAAGCCAACAAGGUGAACGGCAUUCUGAAGAACCUGCUUCAACGCGCUGUAAAACGAGGAGAAAAGGCGGACAUUAGCGAGCCCGAAUUACUGGAGAUCACUGACUACAUGUGUGACAUACUUCUAGAAGAUCCAGUGUGCUUGGAUUUGGAUCUGAAAGAACCAAUCUGCAUUGUGGGUGAUCUGUUUGGGCAAUAUAUGGAUCUGAUAGAGAUUUUUGAGGUAUUUGGAUUUCCACCUGGGCGAAGAUAUCUAUUUCUUGGAAAUUAUUGUGAUCGUGGUCCUCAGUCACUUGAAGUCAUAUGCUUGUUGUUUAUAUUGAAGUUGAAAUUCCCAAAACAUAUUUUUAUGCUACGUGGUAACCACGAAUGCGAAUAUAUCUCGUGUCAUUAUGGCUUUCUGGCUGAUUGCACAAAGCGCUUUAGCAAGCAGGUCUGGCACGGUUUCAUGGCAGCGUUCAACUGCCUUCCAGCCACAGCAAUCAUCGAAGACAUUAUAUUUUGUGCGCAUAGUGGGUUGGUGCCCUGUCUCCAAUACACUUCGUACACAAGUGUAGGGCAGCUUAAAGACUAUAUCAAUGACGUUAUACGAAGGCCGGUACCCUUGACACAUAAUUUUUUAUUAACUCAACUUGCCUGGUCAGAACCAGUGAUAGACACCCGGGACAGAUGUUCGAACCCUGCAGGUCUAGGAGAGUGGUUUGGGGAAAAAGAAGUUGAGGAGUUCUGCGAUCGAUUCGGCUUUGAGUUAUUUAUUAGAUCACACGAUUUUGUAAAAACCGGAUAUGAAUUUAUGGCCAACGGAAAACUGCUGACAGUUUUCAGUGCAUCACAUUUUGGAGGGAUAUUUCAGAAUCUUGGUGCUGCCGUUAUGCUUGAGAAGAGACAUCGCAAGAACACGAUCCUCGGGCGUAUUACUGUGAUCCGGCCAACUCCUCAGUUGACGCGAAUAGUCGGUUCAUAUAUCCCUAUUGUUUCUUAUGACUCCAGGGAAUAUCAAGCCUAUCGCGAAGCACAUCGAGACCGUCUGAGCAUAGUGGAAGGCUAUGCUGCAACCAGAGGAACUUACGUAUUUUUCACUUGA